CUGACGUCAGUUUCAUGCUAAACUAACCGAGUCUGCAAACUAUACAGUAGACGUCGUUUGUAGAGUUGGUUUAGCUAGCUAGUUAAAGUAGCCAGCUAGACACCUAACUACUCGUGGUAUUCAACAUUUUCGUGAAAGCAACAACCACACAACCAACAUUAACGUUCGCUAACUAGUAAUCUAGAGACUCUAUGCGCCGAAAUUGCUAGCUAGUUAGCUAGCGAAUGUUAUCAAUUUCGCGUAAAACGUGUUUGAAUGACGUUACUACUAGCUAACGGCUUCCUCGUGGAAUGAGCAUUCCAUGCAGCAUCCUAGGUAUGAAUGACGUGGCCUGGCAGGAGACACGAGGUGGGAUGCUGCACACAAACGGUGCCCCUGAAGUUGGGGUAGUCAGAGUUCAUGGAGGGGGUUCCCUGGCAGCCAUAGGGGGAGCAGGCCAGGGUCCCGGAGGGCCACACCCUCUGCAGGGCAUGGAUAGGGGCCCCAACCCCACCCCAGGCACCCCACAGCCUCCACUGAGUGGGCGCUCUCAGGACGAUGCCACAGUUGGCUACUUCUUCCAGAGGCAACCUGGUGAGCAGUUGGGAGGUUGCACCCCUAGCAAGCACCGUUGGCCUACAGGAGAUGGAAACCACAUUGACCAGGUUCGCACUGUGGAUGAGAUGAACUAUGGUUUUCAAGCCCUUGCUUUGGAGUCCAGGGGCAUGGGUGAGAUGCUGCCAGCAAAGAAACUGUGGGAUUCGGAUGAAUUGGCCAAGGAUGGAAGGAAAGGGAUGCUCCUUGGAGAGGAGUGGAGGGUGAAUGCCUGGGGAUCUUCUCAUCACUCAGUGUCCCAGCCUAUCAUGGUGCAGCGGCGACCCGGACAGGGUUUCCAUGGGAAUGGAGAUGCCAGCUCCGUGCUGUCCCCUCGCUCUGAGGGCGGAGGCCUGGGAGUGAGCAUGGUGGAGUACGUCCUGAGCUCCUCCCCCGGUGACAAGAUGGAUGGCCGUUACAGGAACGGUGGCUAUGGCGGAGUGGACGUUGACACGGACAGGAGGGAGAAGGGCGACGCGCAAGACAAGACGUCUCCGUUCGAAGAGGACAAGAGCCCUGAAAUGAAAGUGGGAGAGGAGAAUGACGCCAAUGGGAGAGGCCUGCUCAACGGCAUGGACAGAGACUGCAAAGACUUCAACCCCACCCCAGGAAGUCGCCAGGCCUCCCCGAUUGAGGCGGUGGAGAGGAUGGGUCCCGGCCAGGCCGGGCUGGAGAUGAUGACUCAGCACCAGCACCACGCACAGCACCAUGCCAUGCAGCCCCAGAAUCCAGCCCAGAACAAGCCCCAGCAGCAGGAGGACUUCCAGAGCCAGGAGACUCAGAACAUAGGCAGCAUGGAGCAGCAGCAGGGCGUGGAGUCCCUCCAGUUCGACUAUGCUGGCAACCAGAUCCAGGUGGACUCCUCAGGCACCCCYGUCGGCCUGUUUGACUACAACUCCCAGCAGCAGUUGUUCCAGCGGUCCAACCAUCUGACUGUCCAGCAGCUCACUGCUGCCCAGCAGCAACAGUAUGCCCUGGCUGCUGCCCAGCAACAACACCUUGCCGGCCUUGCUCCCGCGUUCGUGCCUAACCCAUACAUCAUCAACGCUGGACCCCCCGGAGCCGACCCCUACACCGCUGCAGGACUUGCCGCAGCAGCUACACUUGCCGGGCCUACAGUGGUUCCCCCCCAGUACUAUGGUGUUCCUUGGGGCGUGUACCCUGCCAACCUCUUCCAGCAACAGGCGGCGGCUGCGGCUGCCAGUCACAAUGCUAACCAGCAGGCAUCCAAUCAGGGACCAGGGCCGGGACAGCAACAAGUGAUGCGUGCCGGGAACAACCAACGCCCCCUCACCCCUGGUCAGGGCCAGCAAAGCCAGCAGGACUCCCUGGCAGCAGCCGCCGCCAACCCGGCCCUCGCUUAUGCUGGUAUGCCAGUGUGUCUGUCUCCUGCCCACCCAGGUUACCAGAUGCUGGCCCCCGCCGCCUACUACGAUCAGAAUGGAACCCUGGUGAUGGCCUCCGGAGCCCGUGGCGGUCUGGGAGGGCCUGUCCGCCUGGUCCAAACCCCGCUUCUCAUCAACCCACAGGCCGCAGCGCAGGCUGCCGCUGCGGCGUCAGCGUCCGGCUCGGGCAACAACAUGUCGGGCCCUCAGCCCAACGGCCUGUACCGCUCCAUGCCGCAACAGCAGCCCCCGCCCCAGAACCAGGGCCUGCCCUCCAGCUCCUUCUAUGGCACUGCGUCGGUGCCGGCCAGCUCCCAGAGCAGCUCCCUGUUCUCCCACACAUCCCAGGCCCCGCAGCCCACCUCCUCCCUGGGCUUUAGUGGCACUGGCGGCUCCCUGGGCGUGGGCCUGGGCUCGGCGCUCGGAGGCUUCGGAUCCUCAGUGUCGAGCUCUGCCAGCAGCAGCGUCUCUCGCCGGGACUCCCUGCUGGCAAGCUCUGACCUGUACAAGCGUGGCGGCAGCAGCCUCACCCCCAUUGGCCAGCCCUUCUACAACAGCCUAGGCUAUUCCUCCUCGCCCAGUCCCAUUGGCCUAACUCCGGGCCACUCCCCCCUCACACCACCACCCUCUCUGCCAUCCUCUCACGGCUCCUCCUCCAGCCUUCACCUGGGCGGCCUGACGAACGGCAGUGGGCGCUACAUCUCGGCAGCGCCGGGUGCGGAGGCAAAGUAUCGCAGCGCAGGAGCCACCUCCAGCCUGUUCAGCUCCAGCAGCCAGCUGUUCCCGCCGUCGCGGCCCCGUUACAGCCGAUCGGACGUCAUGCCCAGCGGGCGAAGCCGCCUGCUGGAGGACUUCCGCAACAACCGCUUCCCCAACCUGCAGCUGCGUGACUUGCCCGGCCACAUGGUGGAGUUCUCCCAGGACCAGCACGGCUCCAGGUUCAUCCAGCAGAAGCUGGAGAGGGCCACCCCCGCCGAGAGGCAGAUGGUGUUUGGGGAGAUCCUGCAGGCGGCCUAUCAGCUGAUGACCGACGUGUUUGGCAACUACGUCAUCCAGAAGUUCUUUGAGUUUGGCAGUGCAGAUCAGAAGCUGGCUCUGGCCACCCGAAUCCGCGGCCACGUGCUGCCCCUGGCCUUGCAGAUGUACGGCUGCCGAGUGAUCCAGAAGGCCCUGGAGUCCAUAUCCUCCGACCAGCAGGUAAUUAGUGACAUCGUGCGGGAGCUAGACGGCCACGUGCUAAAGUGUGUGAAGGAUCAGAACGGAAACCAUGUGGUGCAGAAGUGUAUCGAGUGUGUUCAGCCCCAGGCCCUGCAGUUCAUCAUUGAUGCCUUCCAGGGCCAGGUGUUUGUGCUGUCCACCCACCCUUACGGCUGCAGGGUGAUCCAGCGGAUCCUGGAGCACUGCACCCAGGAGCAGACCCUGCCCAUCCUGGAGGAGCUGCACCAGCACUCUGAGCAGCUUGGCCAGAAAUAUCAAGGCGUUUCAUUGGAGAUGACACCCAAAACAUACUAUACAGUGUCCAGCGAUGCACUGUUCAAGGAUCAGUACGGCAACUACGUCAUCCAGCACGUCCUGGAGCACGGCAGACCCGAAGACAAGAGCAAGAUUGUGGCAGAGGUCCGCGGGAAGGUGCUCCUCCUGAGCCAGCACAAAUUUGCGAGUAACGUGGUAGAGAAGUGUGUGAUCCACUCAUCCCGUGCCGAGCGGGCCCUGCUGAUUGACGAGGUGUGCUGCCAGAAGGACGGCCCCCACAGCGCUCUCUACACCAUGAUGAAAGAUCAGUACGCCAACUACGUGGUGCAGAGGAUGAUCGACAUGGCCGAGCCCGCCCAGCGCAAAAUCAUCAUGCACAAGAUCCGACCCCACAUCGCCACCCUGCGCAAAUAUACCUACGGCAAGCACAUCCUGGCCAAGCUGGAGAAGUACUACAUGAAGAGUGGCUCUGACCUGGGGCCCAUUGGCGGGCCCACCAACGGCCUCAUGUAGACCUAUCCUCCCUCUCGUGUCCCUUGACU